AUGUACAAGAGAGCAGCAUUAUUUUCAUCAGAUUUGUUGGCUAAUUUAUCAGAUAAUCAAUAUUUGCGUGAAAAUAUUGAAAGGCAGAUAGAUAAAGUCUAUGGAGAUGACUUUUCGGACGAAUGCCCCAAGCUUUCAGAAAAAUACUCGGUCUCUUUAUUGAAAAGUCAAAAUAUUGCGAUGGAAAAUAUCGAUUCAGUUGAAGAUAAAUUUGUUGGGAACUUUAAAUGUAUUCUAUGCCCCAAAAAAAUAAUUAUUAAUGAAGUUGACCUUAAUAAACAUCUUAAAUCUAGGCAGCACCUUAAUAUGGUGGAAAAAUGGCAAAAAAAACAGGAAAACUCAAGGAAAAUAAGAGAGAAGUUCAAUAUUUUCCACAAUUUGACCACUGCACAAGACCAUUUAGAUCAGGUUAAUUUUGAAGAUACAAAAGACUCUUGCUUAGCUGACACUCUGAAAUCAAAUAGAAAAAAUAAAAGGAAGAAAUCAAGAAACAAAGAUUUAUCUGAAGAACAAAUCAUAGCAAGGAAGGUUAAAUUUAUGAGGAAAAAGGAACGAAGACUGGCAAGAAAAUCUCAAAAAGCUGAAAUUAUUUGUUGA